AUGCGGAUUUCUUCUGGAAUGCUCAAAAUUGCUGCUUUGGUACAACUUGCUGGACUUGCUUUCAUGUUUUCAUCUAGUAUCCUCCUACAGAUCCUGGCAUGUGCGAUAUAUAGUAACUGGUGGCCAAUGCUAUCAGCACUCAUGUAUGUGGUUGUGCCUAUGCCUUGUAUGUUCUUUGGAGGAGGCUCAACCCAAUUCUUAAUUAGUCGAGACGGUGGAGGGUGGAUAGAUGCAGCUAAGUUCUUGACAGGAGCAUCGACCGUGGGAAGUCUUGCUAUUCCAAUCAUAUUAAGGCAUGCACAAAUGAUCGAGACCGGUGCAAUGUUCAUAGAAUUCACAUCGUUCUUCAUAUUCAUUUGCACCGUCAUGUGUUUUCACCGGGCUAGCCUCGAUGAUGACUGGUAA